CCGCACAACUUCACCGAGGGAAUCGUGAAGCUGACCCUAAUUUUCCCGCCAUCGGAUAUUCCAAAUUACGAAAUUACAAACCCUAAUUUUGUAGCUCAUGGAUUCGUUAUCGUUUAUGUUUCAAACUGUAGUUGCCUCAAAUCUAUAUUCAGAUCGCCUUUCAAAAAUUCAGAGUAGAGGUUGUAGAGCUCUAACAAUCGGCGAUGCUCCUGUUCGUAAUGUUUAUGUCACUUCUCAGCUAAACAACCGUUGUCUUAUUUCUGUUCAAACGCGUGGCGCGUUUUCAAACCCGCAAAGUGAUGGACAAGAGGAAGAAGAAGAAGAAGUGGAAGGAUCAGUUGAAGAAAUUAGAAUUCCAAAAGCUUGGUUGAACUCUUCGAAGGCAUUGGAGGAAUCAGAAUGGUUACGAGUAAGUCUCCACAAAUGGUUGGAUGAUGAAUAUUGUCCAGAGCCAACUAAUGUAGACAUCAGUAAAGUUGCUGCACGCUCAUACUACAACUCUUUAACUGAGAACCAAACUGAACUUGGGGAUAUACUGCUAAGAAUGGCUAUGGAGCUGGAAAGCAUCUCUUACAAAGAGAGUUUUCAUGGAGCCUUCUCCUCAGCAAAUGCAGCUGUACACCUCAUACUCCAGCGAAUACUGCAGCAGGAGGAGCUCAAUGCUUAGCCUUUGCCAGUGCCAGGUUUGAUGGUUAAAGCUUAGUGAGUCCAUGAGUUGAUGUAACCUAAAUGAGAAUGAGAUAGUUAAGAAAUGUAAUUUGAAACAUGGACA